AUGAUCCCUCCCGCAGUCGGGGUCUUUGUGACCCACUGCGGGUGGAACUCCGUGCUGGAGAGCCUCUCUGGCGGCGUUCCCAUGGUAUGUCGCCCCGUUCUUGGCGACCAGCAUAUCAACGCGCGUGCCAUCUCACACACGUGGAAGAUCGGAGUGCCCUUCCCAGAGAAGACAAUGACCAAGGACGAGGUCGCCAAGGCUCUCCACGUGGUCCUCAGGACAGCGGAGGGGGAGAAGAUGAAGGAGAGGGCAUGCGCCCUGGGGACGGUGGCGCUCCAGCAGGUUCAGCCCGCCGGCAGCUCGUCGGAGAACCUCAGCGCCCUCGUAGCGAUAGUCUCCGCUUGCUGA